GGUUUUUGGGGAGUUUGGGGCUGGUGCUGGACAGAACCAUGUCUGCGGUUUGGCAGGGGAUGGCUGGGAAACAAAUGUGGCUGAAAGAAAGUUUCGCAGCGAGGUUCAGUGAAAGGCAUGCGUAGAAUGCGGCUGCGGUCUUACAGCACAGAGAGAGAGAGAAAGAGAGAGAGACGGAGAGAGAGGGAGAUAGGAGAGAGCAAAUGAAAGACAGAUACAGAGAGGACAAACCUGGUGAUUUAUUCCAUGUUUCUAUUUUAUUCCAACAACACUUUAUGUUGCACCAUUGAAGCUCACUGUUAUUUGGAUUUGAGCUGAAGGGAUUCAUUCCACUGAGGCAGACAGAAAGCGAGCGAGCGAGCGAUAUGAGAAGCGAAGACAGGUCAUUGGGAGUGAAGAGGUGGAGUUGUCUGCAGUGGAGGAGGACAUAGUGGGGAGAGCCAGGGACUGUGGAGAGAAGCUGCUGGCCUUUUGCUGUGUCCAGUGAACAGGAUGGCCCAGCACAAAGUCAGUCUCCCAGCUAAGCUGAUCAAUGGGGGUGUGGCAGGGCUGGUGGGAGUGACCUGCGUGUUUCCCAUUGAUCUGGCUAAGACCCGCCUACAGAAUCAGCAGGGAGCUCGAGUCUACAGUGGGAUGCUGGACUGCUUGACACAGACUGUGAAGAGGGAAGGCUACUUUGGAAUGUAUCGAGGGGCAGCAGUGAACCUCACUCUUGUAACUCCAGAGAAAGCCAUCAAACUUGCUGCAAAUGAUGUCUUCCGACAGAACCUCUCCAGGGACGGGCAUUUACCCCUGUGGGGGGAGGUCCUGGCAGGCUGUGGGGCGGGAACUUGCCAGGUGGUGGUGACCACGCCCAUGGAGAUGCUGAAGAUCCAGCUGCAGGAUGCCGGGAGGCUGGCUGUACAGAGGUCAAUGGCUGUGCCUGCUCCUGCCCCCUCGCUGGCAGCUGGCCCCCCACCCCCUGGUCAACCUACCCCUCCACCUCGACCUUCUGCCACCAGAAUCACCCUAGAGCUACUAAGGACCCGUGGACUGACUGGACUAUACAGAGGAGCUGGGGCCACAUUGCUCAGGGACGUCCCCUUCUCCAUGAUCUACUUCCCGCUGUUUGCCAACCUGAACGCGCUGGGCCGGGGGGAGCGCGGUUGCCAGGGCAACGCUCAAGAGCGGGCCCCCUUCCUGCAGUCCUUUGUGGCUGGCUGCGCAGCCGGAUCGGUGGCUGCAGUCGCCGUUACUCCGUUGGACGUGAUAAAGACACGGCUGCAGACGCUGCGGAAGGGUGUGGGGGAGGACUCAUACCGUGGCAUUGUUGACUGCACACGCCGUAUCCUGAGUCGGGAGGGCCCAUCUGCGUUCCUGAAGGGGGCAGCGUGUCGCGCUCUGGUCAUCGCCCCUCUCUUCGGCAUCGCACAGGGGAUCUACUUCCUGGGUGUGGGGGAGUGGGUGCUAGGGCUGCUGGGAUAGCAGCUGGCAGAGUUCCUUUUUUCAUGUGCAAACCACCUGCUCCGUUCUGCAGUGAAGCGAGAGUAGGGCCCUGGUCAUUUAUCAGAGUAGAGUGUAAGUGCCGCGAGAGAAAGUGAGAGAGAGAGAGAGAGAGAGAGAGAGAGAGAGAGAGAGAGAGAGAGAGAGUAUUAGAGUGGAGGAGUAUGACUGCCAACAUUUGUCCCAACAUUGAACACUAAUGGUGCUCUCAUAAUUUCUUAAAGCGGAUAUCCAGAGAGGGUUCAGUAGCUGUAUGAGUCUAAACUGUCUAGUGUUCAUGCCCCACUCCACGACAAGUUGUGCAGCAUCAGAGAAAGAAGCUUGUCCAGGUCUGUUGAGCAUGUUAACUCUCUCAGAUUUCUAUAUUUAUUCCUAAACAACACAUAACACGGUAUAUUUUAUUUUUUUCACAUAACACAGUACAUGCACAUGUUCUGAUGACAUGACCUCGCUGUGCGCGGAGUGCUUUCCAGUGCUGCAGAGAGUGUACACGCUGUGCCAAUCACUUUCAGUGCCAAUCUCUUGGCAAACUGAGAGUUAACCUAUUUUCUCAUUUAAAACAAGUAUUUGUUGAACACCGCCACUUGAUUUCUGGAUUGUAAUGUUAUCGUCUGUCGAAGUAUGACAUAAAAAGGGAAGUGUCUGCUGUGCGCCACCAUCGCUGUCCGUUACUGUUGGCGAUGAUGCCGACGCACUCUUCACGGUACUGUAAAGAGAUUCUCCCCUGGUAACUGCCCUCUCCCAUCUUGGAGUCCGGUCUCUUAACUGUGCUCCUUGAGUGGGAGGCACUAACUGGGUAUGACAGGGUCUUCUGAUAAUCUUCUCCUAAAUCCGUAAUCCGCGGCUCUCUGCUGUAAACUUAGCUCGCUGCUCCCCGCCUUCAGCGCGUGCCGUCGGGCUACGCCGCUACCUGCCGCUACCCGUCAUCGGUGUAGCGCUGGACGAGGGGAGAACCCAGUCCUCAAGACGGUGGCAGGGUUUCCAUUAGCUUGAUUAUUUUUUAAUGCUUAUUUUACGGUUUGUAUGCACAAUAUGUAUAAUAUGAAACUAUAUAUAAUGUAAAAGGAAUAAAUGCAAUGAAGCCCUGCA